CAAUCGCAGGGCACGCUUCAUGGCUCCGCCCGCGGAUCAGCUGAAGGACUGCGAUGUCUGUUGACAGCGGCGGCGGUCUGCUGCCGGUUCCGGGAUCGGCGCUGGGUGUGGGGUGAGCGGCAGGCGGCGGGCGACGGCCGCAGCUGUGGACGUGGGAUGUGAAUUCGAUGGAACCGCCCGGGGAAAACGAGCAGCCGCCGCUUCCGCCGCCCUGGGGCCGGCUUCUCCGUCUGGGCGCCGAGCAGAGCGAGCCACACGUCCUCCUGCGGAAGCGUGAAUGGACCCUCGGGCGCCGGAGAGGUUGUGACCUCUCAUUCCCCAGCAAUAAACUGGUCUCUGGAGAUCACUGUAAAAUUGUAGUGGAUGAAAAGUCUGGUCAGGUGACACUGGAAGAUACCAGCACCAAUGGAACAGUAAUCAACAAAUUGAAGGUUGUUAAAAAGCAAACUUGCCCUUUACAGACUGGCGAUGUCAUUUACCUGGUGUACAGGAAGAAUGAGCCGGAACACAAUGUGGCGUACCUCUACGAAUCUUUAAAUGAGAAGCAAGGCAUGACCCAGGAAUCCUUUGAAGCCAAUAAAGAAAAUAUGUUCCACGUGACCAAAGAUACCUCAGGUCCAGGGUGGGGUGCCGAUCCCCAGGUUCCACCACCAUUGCCUGCCACCCAGGCAUGUUUGGAAGAACCGCAGCCAUCAACAUCGACAUCAGACCUCUUCCCCAUGGCCGCUGCCCCUUCCACAGAGCCGACCAGUGCAGGGCAAGAGCAUUCCUCCAGCUGUGGGUCUGGAGGUGCAGGCAUCUCCCCAAAAGGAUGUGGUCCAUUUGUGGCAAGUGACGAACUCUCCAGCCUCACUUCAGCUCUCCCAGACAGAGAACGGGCACAUUUUUCUUUGUUAGGGUCCCGGGACCAGGAAGAUUUGGAGCCCAUUAAGAAGAAGAUGAAAGAAGAUGGGGAGCUGGAUAUAAACUUGCCAGUGGUGGUUACAGACCAGUGUAGAAACGCCCAGGCCACUCAUGACACCAGAGCAGCCACCAUGAAGCCAGACAAGAUGGCAGAGACACUCACGUGCAUCAUCUGCCAGGAUCUGCUGCACGACUGUGUGAGUUUGCAGCCUUGUAUGCACACAUUCUGUGCAGCCUGCUACUCUGGCUGGAUGGAACGCUCAUCCCUGUGCCCCACAUGCCGCUGUCCAGUGGAGAGGAUCUGUAAAAACCACAUCCUCAACAACCUCGUGGAAGCAUACCUCAUCCAGCACCCAGACAAGAGUCGCAGCGAAGAAGAUGUGCGCAGUUUGGAUGCCAGGAAUAAAAUCACUCAAGACAUGCUGCAGCCCAAAGUCAGGAGGUCUUUUUCUGAUGAGGAAGGGAGUUCAGAUGACCUGCUGGUGCUGUCAGAUGUUGACAGCGAAUCCUCAGACAUAAGCCAGCCUUACAUCGUGUGCAGACAGUGUCCUGAGUACAGAAGGCAAGCGGUACAACCUCUUCCCUGCCCAGCACCAGACAGCGCACUAGGGGCCCCACAGGGCCUUGAGGGGGAUGCGCCGUCCACCUCCACCAGCUUCACCACAGCAGCCCAGGACUACGUGUGCCCUGUGCAAGGAAACCACGCCAUAUGCACCUGCUGCUUCCAGCCCAUGCCUGACCGGAGAGCAGAGCGCGAACAGGAUCCCCGUGUCCCACCCCAGCAGUGUGCAGCUUGUCUGCAGCCCUUCUGCCACCUGUACUGGGGCUGUACCCGGACCGGCUGCUCCGGCUGCCUCGCCCCGUUCUGUGAGCUCAACCUGGGGGACAAGUGUCUGGAUGGAGUGCUGAACAACAACAACUAUGAGUCAGACAUUCUGAAGAAUUACCUGGCAACCAGGGGUCUGACGUGGAAAAACAUGUUGACAGAAAGUCUCGUGGCUCUGCAGCGGGGAGUGUUUUUACUGUCUGAUUACAGAGUCACUGGAAACACAGUGUUGUGCUACUGCUGCGGCCUGCGCAGCUUCCGAGAGCUGACCUACCAGUACCGGCAGAACAUUCCUGCUUCCGAAUUGCCAGUGGCUGUGACAUCCCGUCCUGAUUGCUACUGGGGCCGUAACUGCCGCACUCAGGUGAAGGCCCACCAUGCGAUGAAAUUUAAUCACAUCUGUGAGCAAACAAGGUUCAAGAACUGAAGCAGGGAAGCAGACAGCACAAGCCUUGGAGGCAAGGCACUGCAUGCUGGAGUACCGAAUACAGACCUCCGAGGGUGUUUUUACCAGCCCAGCAAACGCUGGCUGGGCUCUCCUGCCGUGGGGCUUUCACUUGAGUGUGAGACUCAGGUGGCCUGCAGGACGGGGUGGCAGCACCAACUUCCUGCUGAGCACAGGUGGCUGAGACCACACUCAGGCCUCCUGCCGGACUGACAGUUGUACCCACCCUCCACAAGUGGUGACAUUGCAGUUUGCUCUUUUUGUCCCUUUUCCAUAACUGCAGUUAAAAUGGAAAUCUCUUUUCAGGAAAAGUUUCAUGGGAGAAAUGGGAAAGUGUGUCAGAAGCGCUUUGUUAGGGAAAGGGAGCAUAAGUUUACAGCAUACAGGGUGUACAGAAUACUCUGCUGUUGAACAAACCACAGCCUUUUAUAUAUUUUUUAAUAGGUUUGGUGCUUAUCUUCUAAUAAGAUAUAAAUAUUACAAACGGUAGCACAAGUAAUAUUUAUAAUUUGCAAAUUGACUAAAUUGGGGAUAGUAUAUUUGGAAGGUUUCUGAUUAUUAAAAAAAUGAUCAAAUGUCCCAUACUGCUAACUCUGGACAUGGAUGACAAGUUAACGGCUCCUCACUGAUGCGGGUGAGUUGUGUCACUGCCAUCUCCAGCACUAGGCUGGCCACAGGCUGUUGUGGAGCAGGAUGAGGCUGGCUCCAGCCCCCUGCCAGGCCUGCAGAGCAGGAGUGGGCAGUGGGUCUUUGCUGCCGGAGCCCUCCCCUCCUACAUUAGGUUUGCCAUGUCAUCUGGAAUAAUACUUGAAAUUUUGUUUUUGUUUUUAAAAGAAGUUUUAUUUUUUUGUUGAAAUCACCUGUUACGUUUGUUUGCAAACUGGUAACUUUUUUGCUUCUUCUCAGGAAUACACUUUUCAGUUGUUAUCUUGCUCUUGAUACCCACUGAGAGGCAGCACUCUGUCUGUGGGUGCACAGUCCCUCUUUCAGUUCUAAUAAACACGCCGUGUUUGUUUCUCU